CGUGGCGCACCGCGUGGGAACUUAUCGGGUCUUCGGCGUGCAGCCUUUCACGACAUGCGCGAAAGCUGGAGUACCGCAAACCUCUUAUAUAUAUGCAAUAUACCUUGCCCCAUGAUAUUCUAUUGCACGAAUUCUCCAAUCAACUAGACGGAGGGUCUCGACCCUUAGAACUUCCAUUCAUUAUGGGUGGCAUGUUGAUGGCGACACAGUCGCCUAAGAUUAUUCUCCCUGUCACCAUCGUGCUGGCUAUUCUGAACGUCGUUGCAGUUGGCCUUCGAUUUCUUGCGCGGAGGAGGAAGAAGCAGAAAGUGAUGGUAGAUGACUGGCUUACAGUCCCUGCGAUGCUUCUCAAUAUUGGACUGGCAGUGGUCCUCAUACACGGUGUCGCUAUGCAUGUAUUCGGAUAUGCGACUGCUUUGCCAAAGGAGUUCUACGAUAUCCCCGAAAAGCGUGAUCUACUACUUCCUCGAACAACAUGGGAAGAAUUCAACAGCAAGAUGGUCAUCGCAAAGCGCGAUGAAUGGGUUUUCUUCCUUCUUUCUAUUCCGGCCCUGGGCCUUACAAAACUCAGCAUUCUUUUUUUCUAUCAACGAAUCUUUGUUAUAGCCAGACGCGACUACAAAGAUGUUGUCAACGUUUGCAUAUGGGCGAUGAUAGCAAUCGUCGUCAUGUGGACCAUUGCAUUUUGGUUCCGAUACUUGUUCGCUUGCGGCGUCCACUUCGACACGUGGUGGAUGAACUCUAUGAUGAUCAUGUUUGAGUGCGGCGACUUCAACAAGAUCCUGAAUGCACUUGCUAUAUCAGACUUUGCUUGCGAUCUAGUUAUCUUGUUGCUACCUCUACCUGGAGUCUGGAAAUUACAUAUGCCUGUUACAAGCAAGAUCGCCAUGUCAUUUGUCUUUGCUUUAGGAUCAUUCGCCGUUGUUGCGUCGGUUAUUCGUAUGAUUUGGUGCCUCUGGCAGGCAACUCAGAAUGACAACCUUGACCUGGACGUCACUUUACUUGUCACAACCUUUCUCUUCUGGAACUAUCUCGAGGUAACCGUGGGCCUACUCGCAGCCUGCAUUCCCACCUUGAGGAGUCUGAUCAAUACUUAUUCGUUGGACUCUGCCUUGAACAGCGCGCGAAAUAAGCUGAACAUCCCUUCGCUUUCAUCAUUCUUGGGCUUCUCGCGGGGCGACAAGAAUGCAAGCACUGCGUCCCUUGAUGCAUUGGCUUCGGAUAAGGAUAUUCCACCCAAAACACCCCCUAAGGAUUGGUAUUCCGAGGCUGAAAGUUCCAAGAGUGUCGAUAUUUCGGCGGAGUAUUACAAGUAUCAUGAAGCGCGCUCCGUAUAGGAGCGCGUGAAAAUGGACGACGAACAAGGAUUUAUGCAGCAAGGUAACGGGUACGGAUAGUGUUAAUACAAUGAACGAGGUCCACUUCAGAAACGCGACAUGAUUUUACUGCGAUGAUCUGUGCCCCACGAUCCCCAGAUCGGAUACAAAUUGCAGAAUCUACAAAGAUUAAUAGCUUUGGGUAGAGUAACC